AUGGUCCGAGAAAAGUUCAGAUACAUUGUGUUCACCACAAAAUACAACAAAGAGCUUGUGCCUGCAGAUAUAUAUAAGGGAAUUGCAAACUCAGCAAAUGAAAUUCUAAGUGACUGGGACUAUGCAAUGACCAUGCCAAAGCUAAAAAUCGUUGAAUAUUAUUCGCACUUAGGAAUGGGAAUAGUAAAGGUCUUCCUUAGUGGUGUAGAAAGCAUUCAUAAAAUAUUCAGUCAAGUCAUUGAAGUAAAUGGCCUCAUUACGCAGCUCCGCAUUGUAAAAGUCUCUGGAAUAAUCAAGAAAGCAAAGAAAUGGAUCAUAAACAAUCAGAAAACAGAAGAGAGAAGGGAAGUGCGUAUAUAA